AAUCGUUCUUGAACUCAUUGCGAUAUAGAUUCAAGUCUCUCGAAAACCCCAAAUUAGGGUUCUUGAUUUUCAUCUCUCUUCUCUCCAAAUCCAUCAAUUUUUUACUCCGAUUCAACUAUGAGUUCCACCAAGGGCGGUAGAGGAAAGCCGCAAGCCACCAAAUCCGUUACACGAUCGCAUAAAGCCGGCCUCCAGUUCCCCGUCGGUAGAAUCGCAAGGUUUCUCAAGGCCGGAAAGUACGCCGAGCGUGUCGGCGCUGGCGCUCCAGUAUAUUUGUCGGCCGUUCUCGAGUAUCUUGCCGCCGAGGUUUUGGAGCUUGCUGGAAAUGCUGCUAGAGACAACAAGAAGAAUCGUAUUGUGCCGAGGCACAUCCAACUUGCUGUGAGGAACGAUGAGGAGUUGAGUAAGCUUUUAGGAUCUGUAACCAUUGCUAAUGGAGGUGUUUUGCCCAAUAUUCACCAAACUCUUUUGCCUAAAAAGGUCGGCAAAGAUAAGGGUGAUAUCGGUUCUGCAUCACAGGAAUUUUAGGGCUUAUAGGAUUUUCAGUGCUUGCUUGUAUUGCAUUUGUUGUGUUCUCUGCGUUGUAUCAUCUUGAUUUUGUUUAGAUGCAUACGUUUUUACAUCUAUGCAAGGCUGUUUGUUGUUUGAACAUCUUUGCAACAAAAUUAACAAAAUUUUGGUCUACAUUUACACAAA